AUACUAGGAGGAGGAAAAAAAAAGGUUAGUUUAGUAGCUUAGUGUAGGUGGUGAUUGGGCAAAUCUAUGACAGGUUAACGUUACAACACAGCCGCUGCCUGAUCUCCACUAGCCAGGCAGCCACGUCUCCUUCUCCGCCUUGCUCCGCCGCAGAGUGUGAAGCAUAUGAUAUAGAGAAGAAGGGGCAGCUGAAGUUGUAUUCUCUUGGAGAUGGGAGAAAUUUGGUGGUCGCUUUUGGGCGCUGCAAUCCCUGUGCUUGUUGCUGGACAAGCUUUUCGGCUCAAGGCAAGGCACGCAGAAGAGCAGAAGUUGAAGAGUGCAAGGGGAAGAGAAAGGAGUUCGGAUGAGAUCUUUGUCUGUGAAAGGGUCUGCACUUCAAAGAGGAUGUUGAAGAAGGUUGGUUCGUUCUCAAAGGAUCCCAUUCCUGACACCUGUGUCACCGUGUGCGGUGUGUCUGAUCUUGAUGCAUGUGCUGAUGCGUGCGCGCGCACUGUUUGUGUUAACCAGCAUCAAGUGCCUAACUGGAACGACAUAUGCCUUAGAAGGUGCCAAAGUGAAUGCCUGAAACUCUCUUCUCAAUCUUCUUAGGGAUUAAUUGCAUUUUGGGCAAUCAAAUGUUUAUGUGUGCAUGCUGAAUUAUGUUUAGAUGGUUAAUAUUUUGUUUGAUCAUCAUCCUUUCCGGAAACGGUAUCGAAAUGCAAGUCAGGGUAUAGUUAACUAGAUUCUACUAGUUCAUAUAGGAUUAACUUGUUGAAGAUCUAAAUGCUAGUUUCUUUCGCUGCUCAAUUGGUGCACAACAUUGUAGAAAGGGUAAAUUAUGAAACCAAUAAUACAGAACAAGUUAGUUAAAGCUGAAAAUUUCAGACAAUCUGUCUUGGUUAAAACUGGCCAUAGAUCACGCACGUUUCAAAAAAGUGUCAUGUUUAUAUUGUUCAGGAUUAGCGUACACAGUUUGUAAUAGAACAUAUAGUUAUUAGUAGGGUUUAUAAUAUCUUGUCUAAAUUCCAUAUGAAUUUACAGGUUAAUGCAGUUUAGUGUUUGUAAGGGCUGCUUUCUCAGUUGAAUUGAUCUUUAAUGUUCUCUAUUUGUGUUCAUAUGAAA